AAAAACCCCGAGAAUCCAAAAAAAAACCCCAGGAAUCCCAAAAAAACCCCCUCCAGGAUGCCCCGCGCCUUCUCCGAGCCGGAAUUCUCCGCCGAGCACUCCGCCGAUUAUUCCUGGAGUUUCCCAUCCGAUCCCGAGGGCUCCGGGAUCCGCCGCUCGCAGGAAUCCCCGGCUCCCCGCUGCCCGUGCCUGCCGCAUUCCCGGCGUUUUUCCUUCUCCCCGGAAUCCCUGGAAAAGCUCUACCAGACUUAUUUCCGCCGCCAGCGCCACGAGACGCUGCUGGUGCUGCUGGUGUUCGCCGCCCUCUUCGACUGCUACAUCCUGGGAAUGUGCGCCGGCUUUUCCCGCAUGGAAAAGCUUUUCCCGGCGCUGGCGGCGCUGGCGGCGCUGGUGGCUCACGGAUCCCUUUUCCUCCUCCUCAAAUCCCGCCUGCUCCCGGAGCGCUUCUCCCAGAAAUUCCUGCCCGGAGCGCUGUGGGCGCUGAUCGUGGCGCAGCUCUGGGGGUUGCUGGGGCUGGAAUUCCAGAGGGUUUUUCCAGAGGCGGUGGAUACGGUGGGCUGGCAGGCGUUCUUCGCCUUCUCCUGCUUCCUGACGCUGCCGCUGCGGCUGGCGCGGAUCCUGCUGCUGGCGGCCGCUUCCUGCGGCGGGCACGCGCUGCUGAUCCUGGGAAUCGCCGCCGCUCGCCGGGAGACGGAGCCCGGGGAUGGAGCCGGGCUGGGCAGGCAGCUGCUGUGGCAGGCGCUGCUGUUCGGCUGCGCGCUGUGCGUGGGCUCGCUCUCGUACGUGAUGGCCGAGCGCAAACACCGCAGAGCCUUCCUGGAGGCGCGGCAAUCCCUGGAGGUGAAACUCAACCUGGAGGAGCAGAGCCAGCAGCAGGAGCGGCUGAUGCUGUCCAUCCUGCCCAAGCACGUGGCGGAGGAGCUGCUGCGGGAGAUGAAGAAGGACCCGAGCCAGAAGGAGCUGCAGCAGUUCAACACCAUGUACAUGCACCGCCACGAGAACGUCAGCAUCCUCUUUGCGGACAUCGUGGGCUUCACGCAGCUCUCCUCGUCCUGCAGCGCCCAGGAGCUGGUCAAGCUCCUCAACGAGCUCUUCGCCCGCUUUGACAAGCUGGCCGCCAAGCAUCACCAGCUGCGGAUCAAGAUCCUGGGGGAUUGUUACUACUGCAUCUGCGGGCUGCCGGAAUUCCGGGAGGAUCACGCCGCCUGCUCCAUCCGCAUGGGGCUCGCCAUGGUGGAGGCCAUCGCCUCGGUGCGGGAGCAGACGCGCACGGCGGUGGACAUGCGCGUCGGGGUGCACAGCGGCGCCGUGCUGGGCGGCGUGCUGGGACAGAAGCGCUGGCAGUUCGACGUCUGGUCCACCGACGUCACCGUGGCCAACAAGAUGGAGGCGGGCGGCAUCCCCGGGCGGGUGCACAUCUCGCAGAGCACCGUGGAUUGCCUGAAGGGCGAGUUCGAGGUGGAGCCGGGCGAGGGCGGCUCCCGCUGCGAGUACCUGAGGGACAAGGGCAUCGUCACCUACCUGGUGGUGGUGCCACGGCACGGCCUGAGGCACGGCGUCAACGGCGUGAAGCUGUCCCUGACCUCGUCCCACGGCGUGUCCCCUCCACCGCUCACCGAGCGCAACGGGAGCCUCAGCCCGGAGCAUCCUGGGAAUCCCGGGAAUUCUGGGAAUUCUGGGAAUUCUGGGUAUUCUGGGAAUCCCGGGAAUCCCGAGGAUCCCGAGGAUCCCGAGGCCGCCCGCAGGAACUCCCUGGAGCUCGAGGAUGAGGAUGGAGAGGUGGAGAACCCGUCCUUCCCCAACCCGCGGCGCCGCCUGCGUCUGCGGGACCUGGCCGAGCGCGUGGCGGGCGCGGCGCAGAACGAGCAGGAGCUGAACCAGCUCCUCAACGAGGCCCUGCUGGAGCGCGAGUCCAUCCAGGCGCUGAAGGGGAAGAGCACCUUCCGCUUGUCCAUGCGCUUCACCGACCCCGAGAUGGAGACGCGGUUCUCCGUGGAGAAGGAGAAGCAGAGCGGCGCCGCCUUCAGCUGCUCCUGCGUCGUCCUCCUCUUCACCGCCCUGGUGGAGGCCGUCAUCGACCCCUGGUUGGUGACCAACUACGUGACCCUGGUGGUGGGCGAGGUGCUGCUGCUGGUGCUCACCCUCUGCUCCCUGGCUGCCGUCUUCCCGCGGGCCUUCCCCCGGAAGUUGGUGGCCUUCUCCACCUGGAUCGACCGGACGCGCUGGGCACGCAACGCCUGGGCCAUGGCGGCCAUCGCCAUCGUCACCGCCGCCGACGUGGUGGACAUGCUGGGCUGCCUCCGCCACCGCUGGCCGCUGACCAACGGCACCUCGUGGCCGGCCGGUUCCGGCGGCUGCGCCGAGCAGCCCCAGUGCUACAGCCACAUCGCCCUGCUGGCCCUGGUGGCCACCGUCAUGCUGGUCCAGGUCAGCCACAUGGUCAAGCUCAGCCUCAUGGUCUCCAUCACCGCCACCACCGGCGCCCUCAACUUCUCGGCCUGGGAGCCCGUCCUGGAGCAGUACGACCGCCGGCGCGGCCAGCAGGGCUCGUCCGUGCUGGUGCCCUCCAAGUAUUCCAUGACCGCCAUGAUCUUCGUGGUGAUGCUCAGCUUCUACUACUUCUCCCGGCACGUGGAGCGGCUGGCGCGGACGCUGUUCCUGUGGAAGGCGGACGUUCACGAGCAGAAGGAGCGCGUCUCCGAGAUGCGCCGCUGGAACGAGGCCCUGGUGGCCAACAUGCUGCCCGAGCACGUGGCCCGACACUUCCUGGGCUCCAAAAAGCGGGAUGAGGAGUUGUACAGUCAGUCGUACGAGGAGAUCGGGGUGAUGUUCGCCUCCCUGCCCAACUUUGCGGAUUUCUACACCGAGGAGAGCAUCAACAACGGCGGCAUCGAGUGCCUGCGCUUCCUCAACGAGAUCAUCUCCGACUUCGACGCCCUGCUGGACGAGCCCCAGUUCCGCUGCAUCACCAAGAUCAAGACCAUCGGCAGCACCUACAUGGCCGCCUCGGGGGUGACGCCCGACGCCGGCGCCAACGGAUUCGGAGCCAAGCCGGAUCCCCGCUCGGACAAGGAGCGCUGGCAGCACUUGGCCGACCUGGCUGACUUCGCGCUGGCCAUGAAGGUGACGCUGAUGAACAUCAACUACCAGUCCUUCAACAACUUCAUGCUGCGCAUUGGGAUGAACAAGGGGGCGGUGCUGGCCGGAGUCAUCGGCGCCCGGAAGCCGCACUACGACAUCUGGGGCAACACCGUCAACGUGGCCAGCAGGAUGGAAUCCACCGGAGUCAUGGGAAACAUCCAGGUGGUGGAGGAGACGCAGCAGAUCCUGAAGGAAUUCGGGUUCCGCUUCGUCCGGCGCGGCGCCGUCUACGUCAAGGGCAAAGGGGAGCUCCUCACCUUCUUCCUCAAGGGCCGGGAAAAAGCCGGAUCCGUCCCCCUCCCCCACCAGGUGCUGGAGAAUUCCUGAGGAAUCCUCGGGAAUCUCCGCCGGGAUCAGGAGCCCCCGAGCCCCUCGGGAAGGGAUUUUCUUUUUUUUUUCCCGGGGUUUUUUCGGAAUUCCGGGAGCUGCGAGCUCAGGGAUGGUGGGGAGGGGGAAACGGG